GAGUGGUGGGAAUGAUGCAUCUUCAUGAUGACGACUACUCGGACAAUGAAGACGUGGGGAACGCAUACGGGGACAUGGACGCAGGCAUGCUCACCCCGCCAGAGCUCCUAGGGGUAGACGGAGCAGACGCGAUGCUAGAAGAGGCUCGCAUGCUGAACCCCCACCGGCAGCGGCACUCGACAAAGCCCCGGAGCGUCGCAGAGCGGAAGCGGCGGGAGAAGAUCUCGGUGCGGCUGCAGCAGCUGAAGGACGCGAUGCCGAAGGCCGAGGGGCGGCUGGAUACUGCGUCGAUGAUUGAGGACGCGGUGGCGUACAUCCAGUCGCUGCGGCAGCGGUGCCGGGCUCUGGAGAAGCACAAUGUGCAGCUCUCGGCUAAGGUGGAACAUUUGCAAGAGAGGCUUGGGGAGAGGGAUGGUGGAGGGGGAGGAACGGGAGGAGCAGGAGGAGGAGGAGGGGGUGGGGGUGGGGGAGGCGGGGGAGAGGGGGGAGGAGCGGGAGGAGGAGGGGGAGGAGGAGGGGGGGGGGGGGGAGGAGGAGGAGCGGGAGAGGGUGGGGGUGGUGGCGGCAGCAGUGGUGGUGCUGGAGGGGGGGAAGGAGGUGGCGCAGGGGUGACUGACGAGUGAGGGGCCAUGGAGGGGAAGGGAGAGAAACACCAGCUGCAGGGAGGAUGUGUAGGGGGGAAUUUAUGUGUGAGGCACCCGUUGCCUUGAAAGCAGUGGAUGUGAUGGGUGAAGGGACGAGGUUUUAGGCCCGCACCAGUGGAUGUGUUGGGUGAAGGGACGAGGUUUUAGGCCCGCACCAGUGGAUGUGAUGGGUGAAGUGGAUGGGAUCAGGUGCAGGGGGAGAAGACAGUUGUGUAGCAAGAGGAAGAAGACGAGGACAGAAAAAGAUCGAUGAAAGGGCGAGCGGAGGAGAGGAAGGACAAUAAGGGGAAGAAGGGGAAGAAGGCAAAGGAUAAGAAGUGACCAACUCGUUGGGGGUUUUUAUGCGAUGCGAUGAGUGCGGCAGGCUGUGUGUGUACGCCGGAUCAAAACGAGGAACUAGGCGAUUCUUUGGAGACGUCUUAUCUGAUCUCAUCUGAUCUGAUCUGACCUCAUCUGAUCUGAUCUGAUCCGAACAGUCCUUGGGGCUUGCAAGCAAUGCAGCAGCAGAAGAGGCUGUGUGGUGUGGCCCUGGCCUGUGCAGUUUUCGGUCUUCUGGAUGUAAACUUGCAGUAGGGCGGCUGUUUCAGAAUGCGGUGGGAAUGCGCAGCAGAGGUGUGUGCAUGGAUGUGAGGGAGAGGGAGACAGGGAAAAGUUUGCUGGGGGGUAUGGCAAGAGAGGGUGAGGAAGGGCGAGCGAGAGAGGGGAAGUAGAGGGAAAGGGAGAGGUGUAUGGGGUGGGAAGGGGGCCUGGAGGCUGCAGCCAAGGGCCUUGGGCAAGGAAAGCAUGCGAAGGGAAGGGGUCUGGCUGGGUAGCGUGCAACUACAGUAGUGAUACCGUAUAUCGAAAUACUGGACUACCAUAGAUGCUUAUCUGUGUGCUUGCAGAUGUGUCUGCUGGAGUGGAUGCAUGGUGGAUGACAUGGGGUAUGGAAAGGGGGUAUGGAGGGGAGGUACCUACCGGAAAAGAGCUGAUUGCAAGCAGAGUGGAAGAUUUCGGGGAUGGAUGCAUGGAUGGCGUUGGUAACUUGGUAUCCCUUGUUUGCUUUCCUAAUGGGUUAGUUGAUCCUGU